CUGACAACAGUUAGAAGGCGAAACAGCAGGCACGGUGUGGAAGUUCGCUGUUAUUUUCUUUUUAAAACAUUCACUUUAAGCCUUUUUUCGUAAUCUAAUUGGUUAAUUAAAAUGACCGAGCAGUCGUCACUUCUUCUUAGAAAACAGUUAGCAGAACUCAAUAAGAACCCUGUUGAAGGAUUUUCGGCUGGUCUGAUCGACGACGAUGAUAUCUAUCAGUGGGAGGUUGUGAUCAUCGGUCCGGCUGAUACGUUGUUCGAGGGUGGAUUUUUUAAAGCAAACCUCACCUUUCCUCAUGACUACCCACUUCGUCCUCCGAAGUUGAAAUUUAUUACAGAAAUCUGGCACCCUAAUGUGGCGAAGAAUGGAGACGUCUGCAUCUCAAUCCUCCACGAGCCAGGAGAGGACAGGUUUGGCUACGAGAAGCCUGAAGAGCGCUGGCUGCCGAUCCACACUGUCGAGACCAUCAUGAUCAGCGUCAUCUCCAUGCUGGCUGACCCGAACAGCGACUCGCCGGCUAACGUGGACGCCGCUAAAGAAUGGCGAGAGGAUCCUAACGGAGAGUUCAAAAGGAAAGUAGCCCGCUGUGUGAGAAAAAGUCAGGAGAUGGCAUUCGACUAGAUCUUCCCUUCACUGCAAUACUCACUUCACUGACAGAAGAGGUAGAAAUAAGCAAGAUCAGCAAUCCAUCACUCUUCAUAAAGAAAUGGAAAUUUUCUAACAGCUGUAUUUUCUCUGAAUGCAUGGUUAGAAGUUAUAGUGUGUGUGUGUGUGAGAGAGAGAGACACUUAUUUAUUUCAAUGAUGAAGUGUAAUGCAUGACCUUUUUUCCCCCCUCCUCGCCUCUGAGCCAUCGACUAUAUGCAAAGUCACUUAUGCAAUCUCCCCCCCCCCCCCCCCGACCCCCCUGAGUAUCACAAUCACUGUAGCUACAGAGAACCUCACUUCCCAAACAUCUCUCACUAAGGAGUCUCUGUGCUCCCUGCUGCCUUAAUUCAUCCUCAUGUACAGGACAGAAUCGAAUUCAGUGAUGCCAUGUCUGUCGGAAUCCUCCGGUUUUGUUUUGGACAAACCAAAAAGAAUUCCUGUUUGUGUGUAAAAAUAUUCUGCGUCUGUAAAUACCCUGUAUUAUAGCCACGUCAACCUGAUCAUCUGUCUGUUUCUCCUCCACUUCAUUUUUAUUCGUUUAUGGCGUUAAAGCCGCCAGACGUUUAUGUAGAACUCGCUCAGUUAUUGUUUUUAAAUCUUUUGUUCAUUUUCUCCUGUUUACCUUGUUAUUGCUCAAUAAAAGCAUUUUGUCUAAAAGU